AUGGGUGAUGACGACGACAAUAACAACAACUCCUCCCGGUUUGUUCCAUACACGUGUCGAGAUCCAUUUGUCAGUCCACUUCUCGAUAACUUUUUUAUCGAACCGGACCCUGCACUUGUCUAUUUAUUACCCGAACCGAACCUACAAAAUGAUGAACAGCAGUCCCUGCAGGGUGGUCAUGUUUCCUCCACGGGUUCAACGAUCCAAGAUCAAUCCCAGCAGCAUUUUUGCAAUGACAAUUUUACCAUUGGUGGAGGAGGAGUUCCUAACUACCAAGUAGCGGGGUCUUCCAAGAACAAGCGUACAUAUCCCUUCACUGAUGUGGAUAUUGAACAUCAAUCCUUCAGGUAUGACCUUAAAGCGGGUCCAUCCAAUCUGAAUCAGUCUGAAAGUGGGAUUAUGGGUUCUCGUAAUUGGCCUCCUAUACCAAGGCCAUUCUUUUGCACUUGCUGCCAAGUUCUAAGACAGACAAUUCACACCAAUGGGAUUAUUCUGAGUUUCACCAACGGAACCCCUGCAGAAGUUAAGGGUUUCCUUGAAGAUUACAUUGCGCAGAAGGAUAAAUUAGGGUACAUUAUUGUGGAAGAAGCUUUUUCUGCGUUUUAUGAAGCCCUCUGCACCAAAUUAGAUUGGAUUGGAAAACGUACUAAUAACGAAGACGAUGAUUUGAUUCCACCAAAUUUGGAGGAAGAAGAACCUGAGGCUGAGCCUGAGAAAAGAAGGCAUAAACGAAGUCGCAAAGAUCAGUCCGAUAGGAUAAAUAAUAUGACAUUGAAUGAUUUGAGUGGCGUGUUCCACAUAACUAUGAAGGCUGCAAAGGAUGUAUUAGAAAUGUCUGUUACUGUAAUUAAGGCAAUUUGCCGCAAGUAUCGUUUAUAUAAAUGGCCCCAAAGACAGUUGCAACCACUUGCGAGGAGGUUGAAAGUGCUCAAAAGAGCAUUAGAAUCUUCACAAGAUCCAGUGAUAAUACAGACAACUAACAUGGAGGUUCGAAGAAUUAAACAAGAAAUGACUCAGUUGUGUGGUGGAGUUACCCCAACGGGUAUAGAAAUUCCUGAAGUUGAAGAGAAUAGUGUUUAA